ACUCACUCAGUUUCCUCCUCACUCCGCUACGAGACAGAGAGCAGCAUACACCCACACUCACACGCACACAGUCAGUCCUCGCCCUUCCCAGUUCCACCUGUUUCACCAUCAUGGUCUUGACACUCUAUGUGGACUAUGUUUCACAGCCUGCCCGCGCCGUGGGUAUACUGUGCAAGGUUACCAAUACCCCAUUUGAGGAGAAGACCGUGUCCCUCGUAAAAGGCGAACACGUCCAAAAACCUUUCUCAGAUGUCAACCCGUUCAAAAAGAUUCCAGCCGUGAAAGAUGGAGACCUGCUCAUCCUUGAAUCGUGCGCGGCGAUCCGGUACCUCGCUGCCAAGUAUGACGGCUCGGGCAAGUGGUACCCGAGUGACCUGGCGGUGCGGUGCAAGGUGGACGAGUACCUGGACUGGCAGCACGCCAACACCAGGGCUCACGGCGUCGGCAUCUACUUCAACAAGAUCCUCCUCCCGGCCAUGAAGAAAACGGAGCCCGACAUGGAGGUGGUCAGCAAACACGAGAAGGAGAUGGCGCGCGUGGAGGAACAAUUCGCGUCCUACUUCCUCGCCUCCAAGCCUUUUAUCACCGGAGACUCGCCUACCAUCGCGGACCUGGUGGCGGCCGUGGAGUUGGAACAGCCUAAAGCAGCCGGGUACAAGCUGGCCAAGGCGACGGAGGAGUUUCUUGCGAGGGUCCGAGAUGAAAUCGGCGCCGAACUGUACGACGAGAUGCAUGGCCCGGUCCGCGCGCUGGCCAAGGGAGGUGAGUAGGGGGGGGAAGGGAGGUCACAAGAAGAAGAAGAGGAGGAUGAACAAGAACAAGAGAAAGAAGGAGAACAAGAACGAGAAGAUGAAGAAGAAGAAGACGAGGAAGUGAAAGAAGAGCGAAAAGGAGGAGAUAAUGAUGAUGAAGAAGAGGAAGAGGAGGAGAUGAACAAGAACAAGAGAAAGAAAGAAGAAAAAGUACAAGAAAAGAACAUGAUGGGGAAAAGAAUUAUAGAUAACUAAAAAAGUAAAAAAAAAAAGUAGAAGGGAAGAAAAAUCAACCUAUUGAGACGAAAAACAAGAACAAGAAAAAAUAGUAAGAUGAAGAAAAAAGAAAACAGGAACAAGGAGGAAGAGGAGGAAAACAGGAAUACAUAGGAAUACAUAAGAAUGCGGUCUAUGGCGAAGGUGUCUGUCUACUACCGCUACUAAUAUACGUGUGGUAGGGCAGGAUAGAAUAGAUGAAGGAGGAAGAGGAGGAGGAGGAGAAGGGUUAAAAAUGUGUUAUGCUUUAUUUUUUUUUCUGGCUUUCAUCUUUUUUUUCAUUGGAUUCAAGUUUUAGUGGAAUUUUUUAUUUUUGUUGUUGCUGAAGUUAAUGAUGCUUCUAAACUUGGUGGUGUUGGAUAAGUUCUAUAUUUGUAUCAGUGCUUCUCUCUCUCUCUCUCUCUCUCUCUCUCUCUCUCUCUCUCUCUCUCUCUCUCUCUCUCUCUCUCUCUCUCUUAUCUGAUUUUCUUUACACCGCUCAGAACCAUUUCCUCUCUCUCUCUCUCUCUCUCUCUCUCUCUCUCUCUCUCUCUCUCUCUCUCUCUCUCUCUCUCUCUCUCUCUCUCUCUCUCUCUCUCUCUCUCUCUCUCUCUCUCUCUCUCUCUCUCUCUCUCUCUCGCUCGGUCAGUCGCUUGCUUGCAUGAUCAAAUUUUAAUGAUUCACUGAUUUUAAGAUUCAGUAAAGAUGUUAAUUGGUA